AUGUCUGAGACGGAUCUUCGCGAUAUCAUACACGAGCUGCGGACGGCCAAGCGCGCCAGGUUCGAGACGGCCACGCCGGUAACAGGGACACAGUCCACGUGCACACAGGUGAACACCAUGAACGCACCGCCUGCCAGCCACGUGGCUCAGCCGUCAGGAGCACCGACAAGCGCCGCGACAUUUAGUGCCACAUCAUACAGCGACGCGCUACCCAUGAGGUAUUCGGACGUGCAGGCCGCCCAAAGCCACAGCCCGGGGUUUACUACGCCCUUGGUGAAUCAGGCACAUUGUGAGCAAGGUACUGUGCUUCAAAUGGAAGAGGCUAUAGUCACAACAGUGGCCCAGCACAGUUCCGUGGCGCAGCCUACCACGCGCGUCCCGCUUUCAACCGCGGUUACUUCCGCUCCGCCUUUAAGCAGUUCUCCUAAGCACGUAUGGGUGGUGGGGUCAUCUAUCGUCAGGAACGCGUCCAUGCAUGCGUGGAUGUCUGAUCCUAACUUGAAAAUGGAGUCAUGCAAGUUGUGGUGGCAGGGUUACGUGGGCUUAAGCAUUAAGGAAAUGGAAAGAAAGAUUAACCUUCUGAAACGCGUAAACAUGUGCCAGCCACCAGCCAUGAUCAUUGCGGCGGGAAUGAUAUUGGAAGGAUAA